GGCUUGGAGGCUGGUCAAAACUCGACUUGAGAUCCUGUGCAAAGGCUGAGUGAACUGUGUGCCCCUCUAGCUAUUAAAGCCUGCAGAGCUGCCAUAGGUUAUCUAGCAGCCAGCUAACAAUUAGGCAGCAGGGCUCCUCUCUCUGUCACUGUCAUGUGUCACUGAAUACGAUCAUUGUCCAUCCCUGGAGAAAGGAAACUGAAAGAACCUCAUCAUACACAGUGUACGGGAUUAAGGGAUUGUGUCAUUGGUCUCAGCUCACCCCAUUUGGAUGCUCCUAUAGGGAUACGGGUGGGAGAAGCCGGAGUGGAGAAGUAAGUGGACAGAAGAGACGGAGAUGUACGAGGUCCAGGCUGGAGGUGCCCCGUCCUCUUCCCCCCCGUCCUCUUCCCCCUCGUCCUGCUCCUACUCUUCAUCCCUGGCCGGGGACUCGGAGAUAGACGUGGAGAGCCUGGAGCUGGACGGACAGCCCGAACCUUGCAGGAUUGUGGAGCCAGAAGAGGAGGACGAUGAUGAGGAGGAGCACCAUGGCGAUGGCCAUAGUAGGAGCGAUCAGCAGCAGAAAUGUGCAGAGAAAGGUGGAGAGCAGAGGAAGCUGAGCAGGACCCCAAAGUGUGCCAGGUGCCGGAAUCAUGGGGUGGUGUCCUGUCUGAAGGGCCACAAGCGCUUCUGUCGCUGGAGGGACUGUCAGUGUGCCAACUGCCUGCUGGUGGUAGAGAGGCAGAGAGUCAUGGCAGCCCAGGUGGCUCUAAGGAGACAGCAAGCCACAGAGGAUAAGAAAGGCCUAACAGGGAAACCAACCGUAACAGAGAGAAAAACGGUGUAUCAAAGACAUAUAAGAACCCCCAGCUUGCUGGCGAAGAGUAUACUGGAAGGUUAUCGACCCUUGCCAGCAGAUUCCUACAUGGGGCCCAAUUCCCCCCUGCCAGGCCCUGUGAGUGACAGAAUGAGGAAGAGACGAGCCUUUGCUGAUAAGGAGUUGGAGAAUAUUAUGCUGGAGAGGGAGUACAAGGAAAGAGAGAUGCUAGAAGCCACUCAGGCUGCCAACCUCUUCUUGCCCAGCCGCAUGGUACAUGCUGCAGAGUACAACUCCUACAAAGCUGCCUAUGGGAACUCACAGGUUGAUGUCCCUAACAAAGAGUUCUGCAACUUUGUGCCUACUUGCCUUGACCUCACCAUGCAGUAUUCGGGGGCAGGGAAUGUGGAACUUAUUUCUUCUAAUGUCAGUGUGGCAACUACCUAUAGACAAUACCCCAUCCCCUCCAGGUUCGUGGUGUGGCCAAAAGCUGGAGGCCCUAUCACUGAUGCUCUUCUCUACCAACAGUACUUGUUAAAUGCCACAGCCAUGCAGGCACUGAAAUCUGGCUCAAACUGGGACUCCAAAAACAACCACAUGAUUGAUUGCCAACCUACAGAACAUGAUAUGGUACCUCCUAAAUUAGAGGGCCAAAUGCUCCAUCAACCGAACCUGUCCCAAGGUGUUGGAGAAAGAUCUGCAUUUUCUCCUCCUAAAAGGAACUUCUCACAGUUACCCAGCAAAGACAGUUUGUCUCCCCAGGACAGUCUUAUGAACAAGAUCAGUAAGGAAACGGCAAAGCAGCCUCUGUCUUUAAAGUAUAGCCCCUUCCACUCAUUAUUUCAACAGGCACAUCUUGAGAAGUCAUUGUCAGAGCUUAAAACACAGAGUGUCAAAGACCCCUAUGAAGAGCCUGCAAAGAAAUUCAGAGAAUGCACGUCCAAGGAAAACCAGAAGUACAAAUUAACUGUUGAUAGUUACAACAAGGAGUUUAUCUUGGGAAAAGAACCAGGAACAAAACUUUCUGUCAAUGAGCCCUUACCGUUUUCUGUUGAAUCAAUCCUGAAGAUGCCUUCAACCACAUCACAAAGAGCCAGCCAGUAGACAUUCUGCCAAAAAGAGUCUGUAGCUACUGGUUUAGCUACUCGUGUCUAUAACAUUUUUGAUACAAUGUACAGAAUACACAUUUGCAUGUUUCUUUUUUUUUUUGUACAAAAAACAAUAUUUAAAUGUAAAAAAUUUGAUCUGCAAAUGUGAAUUGUAAAGUAAUUGAAUAUUAAACAAAUAUAUAAAUAUAUAUAAGUAAUAAAACACAAUGACAAAAGUA